AUGUUUGUAGGGAGUCUUACCACCUCGACCGCUGCUUCUACUGGAUUCAGCCUGGGCUUCGGAAAGCCAGCAGCCUCCGCUACACCUUUCUCACUGACAACCACCACCUCUGCAGCUACAGGCACAGGCCUGACUCUGGGAUCCGUCCUGACCUCCAUAGCCCCUCAGACCAGCUCCACCGGCUUCUCCCUCAACUUAGGAGGAGCUGCCACCACUUCCUCUGCUCCUGCCGCGGGUUUUUCCUUUGGUUCCAGUCUCUUUUCGAACCCCUCCUUGACAGUUCGGGAUGUGGACAACUUUCAGAAGUUUGUCAAGGAACAGAAGCAAGUCCAGGAAGAGAUCAGCAGGAUGUCUUCUAAAGCCAUUCUCAAAGCGCAAGAGGACAUCCAGACGCUCAGACAGCUCCUGUCCAUCUGUGCCAGUGGGCUGCAGAGAAAUUCACUCUCCAUAGACAAACUGAAGUUGGAAACCUCUCAGGAAUUGAAGAAUGCUGAUAUCGCACUUCGCACCCAGAAGACCCCUCCUGGACUCCAACAUGAGAACACAGCGCCUUCCGAUUAUUUCCGGGCUCUGGUGGAGCAAUUUGAGGUGCAGUUACAGCAGUACCGUCAGCAGAUUGAAGAACUGGAGAAUCAUCUGACCACUCAGAGCAGCGGCUACCACAUCACCCCUCAAGAUUUUUCCCUGGCCAUGCAGAAACUCUACCAGACGUUUGUUGCACUUGCUGCACAGUUGCAGGGAGUUCAUGAGAAUGUUAAGACUCUCAAACAUCAGUAUCUGGGCUACAGACGAGCCUUCCUUGACGACUCCACUGACAUAUUUGAGUCAAAACGUGUUGCUGGCAAGAAAUGGCAGAGUUCUCCGCAUGUCACCACAGGCCCCGCCCCCUUCGGCAGCAUUCCCAACGCAGCAGCUGUUGCAAUGGCUGCCACUCUCACUCAGCAGCAGCAGCCGGCUCCAGGACCACAGGCACCCUUGGGGGCAAGUUUUGGCACUCCCUUUUCCUCUGGUAUUGGCACUAGCAUGGGCUCAUCCAGCCUCGGAGCAUUUGGUAGCGGCCCUGGGUUUGGGGGCGUGGCAACAGGAGGUUUGUCGUUCGGGUUUUCCUCUAGCAAGCCAUCUGGAGGGAGCCUGAGUGCAGGAUUUGGAACAUCUAACACCUCUGGCUUCAACUUCAGUAACCCCGGCAUCAAUGCAUCAGCUGGAUUGACCUUUGGUGUUUCCAACACACAAACUCCUGGAUUUGGGACAGGAGGGCCACUGCUACAGCUCAAAAAGCCACCAGCAGGAAAUAAGAGGGGCAAGAGAUAAAACAGCAAGUCUAUACAGGGGUAAAGGGAAAUGCCACGAGGUAAAGAUGAUGUGUAUCUCAGAUCUUUAUUUUUAUAUACAGUGGGUACGGAAAGUAUUCAGAC